AGUGUUACUAUACGCCGCCGUUGUACGUGCCCACCAGCAGCUACGUACCGCUACAAUACGACUGCCGACUGAGCUGCAUAUCGACGCCAACUAGUUUUCCGUACGCACACGGCGACCGCGACCGGCGACGUCAAUCGCACGGCCACCACGACCGCGUACAGCCGUUUCUCUACGUUUCGCCGAGCACACCGACUGGUACGGUUUUCCAGCUCUUUCUCCGCACGCCGCCGACGAGUUCUCCGGUCGUCGCGUAGCUUUUCGCACACAGCGAACACACACACGGCCAUCACCGCAGUAAUACCUACAUCAUGACGACCGACGAAUGGGGAUACGAAGAGUUUAACGGACCAAUGGUCUGGCCAAAAUUAUUUCCACAAGCCGGUGGUUUAUUACAAUCACCAGUUAACAUUGAAACUUCGAAGUCUACCAACGACAUGACCCUAAAGUGCAAACCUUUGUAUUGGAAUUACUGCCCUGAAAUGUGCACAAAAAUUAUCAACACCGGGUAUGGUUGGAAAGUGGAUGCUACCGGUGGUGAAGGAUCAGAACUCUCUGGUGGUCCAUUGGGACAUAAGUACAAAUUGGAACAGUUUCAUUGCCACUGGGGAUGUACUAGCUCCAAGGGAUCAGAACACACUGUUGAUGGAAUGCCUUAUGCGGGCGAGUUACACCUUGUCCACUGGAAUUGUGAUAAAUACAAUUCGUUUUCUGAAGCCAUUGCACAUCCAGAUGGUUUGGCUGUGCUUGGAGUGUUCUUACAGGCUGGAACCGAAUCUCACGAUGAAUUGGAAAAAAUUGUGUCAUUGAUUCCACAGGUUGCCUUACGAAACCAAACUGCUGAAAUAACCAAUUCCAUAAAUCCGAAAAAUUUGUUGCCUGAGGACGUAACUUACUGGACAUAUCAUGGUUCACUGACCACUCCACCAUGUUCAGAAUGUGUUACAUGGAUUAUGUUCAAGAGCCCCUUAGAAGUCUCCGAAAAACAACUGAACGCGUUCAGAAGCAUGAGGACAUGGACACCCGAAGAAUGUUGCUCGGAAGCGCACGGAGGACCUCAGCUGGUCAACAACUACAGGCCGCCACUGCCACUUGGAAACAGAGUGCUUAGAGAAUGCGGUGCCAUGUGAGACGAACACGUUGGACAAGCAUAUUAUUAUAUUUUGUAUUUAUUGUCUGAUUAAAUUAUUGGCCGCCAUCGCCAAACACAUUUGAUCGACGACCUCAGCAAGAAACCACCGCCAUCACCAGCACCAGAAGCUAACGUAUACGGAAUGAUUUAUUUAAAAAAAUGUUUUUCCUUUUUUUACGCGUUUCUAAAUAUAAUAUAAUAUUAUAAUAAUAUGCACAAUCGACGAACGUCAUUAUUUUUAUGAUUAUUAUUAUUAUUAUAUUA